AUGAAUAGUAACGAUCAACAACGAGAAACGGAUAGACAGCCACAACCAGGACCUCCUCAACAACAACAACGUGGUUAUAGCGGCUAUCAAACGUCAAAAGAAAAUUCGGAUAGUCAAUAUGCAGGUGGUUAUGGACGCCAAUCAUAUUCACGACAACAGCCACAACAACAGCAACAGACACCUCGAAUGAACCAGCUGAAUGGAAAUCCAAACAAUAAUUAUGGCACUAAUAACAAUCGUGGAAAUAUGAAUCCAAAUUAUAAUAAUCGAACUGGUUACAAUCAAGGUCCACCGCAAUCACUUCUUCAACAAGGGCCACCAAAUAUGUAUCAGCAAAUAGGAUAUCAUACAAACGUUACACAACAAAUGGUAACAAGAAAUCCGACUAAUCCAUCACCGUUAUAUGUUCCACCUCGUCGUUCAGAAUCACCAGCAUUAAACGAUGGUGGUAAUAAUCAAUAUAAUAAUACUGGACGAUAUCCUCGUCAACAAAUGAUGCAACAACACCAAUUUUCGUCGUUCGAUGCCGGUAAUCUACGACAAACUCAAUCUCCGCAAAUGAAUAUGCCCUCCAGUGUUGAAGCACCGCCAGAUUUACAAACGACAAACGCCGUGAAUAAUCGUUUUUCAGCACUACUGGAAGGCACAAGUCGUCAAGGCUUCCAGCAAAGACAAGGCUUUGGUUCGGGUUAUCAAAAUCAACGUCAAAAUACAGUGCCUGCAAUUCAAAAUAAUUCUCGACAGCAACCAUCAUAUCAACAACAACAGCUACCACAGCAAUAUGUAGAUAGACGGCCACAAUCAUCGAGUGUUGAUGAAAAAAUUGAUUGGUCAAGACCAUUGCCAAGAAAUUACAAAGUAGAAGAAGAAUUAUUUGGUACACAUCCAACCGGUAUUAAUUUCGAAAUGUAUGACAAUAUUCCCGUUGAAACUUCGCAUAUGGAUCAUUCACCAAUUGAAACGUUUGAAGAUUGUCCGUUUGGUGAAAUAUCAAAAUUCAAUAUUCGGUUAAGCGCAUACGGUAAACCAACACCCGUACAAAAAUAUGCUAUACCAACAAUUUUAAAUCGUCGUGAUUUAAUGGCAUGUGCACAAACAGGUUUUAUAUUUAUUAUGCAUAUGUGUUCAAAUAAUUCACUACUUUUAUAUAUUUCAGGUUCUGGUAAAACGGCCGCAUUUUUGUUACCAAUACUGCAUUUAAUGUUUGAAGAAGGACCAGCUAGAAAUUCGACAGGUUCCUAUCGUAAUCAACGUAAACAAUAUCCAUUAUGUUUAAUAUUGGCACCAACAAGAGAAUUAGCGUUACAGAUAUACGAAGAAGCAAGAAAGUUCUCCUAUCGCUCAUUAGUUCGUUCGUGUGUUGUUUACGGUGGUGCCGAUAUUAGUUAUCAAUCACGUGACCUGGAAAAAGGUGCACAUUUACUAGUAGCAACACCUGGUCGUUUAAAUGAUUUGAUUCAACGUGGACGAAUUGGUUUAGCUAAUAUUCGUUAUUUGGUAUUAGAUGAAGCAGAUCGUAUGUUAGAUAUGGGUUUUGAACCCCAAAUACGUGAAAUUGUUGAAAAGUCAGAUAUGCCGACUACUGGUCAACGUCUUACGCUUAUGUUUUCAGCCACGUUUCCAAAACAAAUACAAGAAUUAGCUCGUGAUUUCUUACAUGAUUAUGUAUUUUUGGCUAUUGGACGUGUUGGUUCAACAUCACAAAACAUAACUCAAAAGAUUGUGUGGGUGGAAGAAUCAGAAAAACGUUCAUUUCUUCUUGAUUUACUUAAUGUUGAUGCAGGACCAGAGUCACUGACACUAGUUUUUGUUGAAACAAAACGUGGUGCCGAUUUACUUGAUGAAUUUUUGGACAGUCACAAUUAUUCUGUAAAUUCAAUACAUGGUGAUCGAUCACAGGCACAGAGAGAAGAAGCUUUAAAAUCGUUCAAAUUAGGAAAGACACCAAUUUUAGUUGCGACAUCCGUUGCAGCACGUGGUCUCGAUAUACCACAUGUGAAACAUGUGAUUAAUUUUGAUUUACCAUCAGAUAUUGACGAAUAUGUACAUCGUAUUGGGCGUACGGGGCGCGCAGGAAUGGCUGGUCAAGCAACGUCGUUUUAUAAUGAAAAGAAUAAAAAUAUUGCUAUUGAUUUACUUGAUAUUUUAACAGAAUCACAACAAGAAGUACCACAAUGGCUUGACAUGUUGGCUAAAGAAGUUAAAAAAGAAAGCAUCAUUAAAAAAUCAUAUGGUGCCAGACGUUUCAAUAAUGGUGGAUUUGGAGCAAGAGAUUGGCGUAAUCCUCAACAAUUACGUAAUACUCGAAAACCACAAAAUUCAUCUAAUGUUGGAGCCAGCGGAGGUUAUGGACAGCAAACUCAAUGGUCCGAUGGUGCGAUGCAUAAUACACAACCCGGACUUCAACAAAUGCAACCACAAAUAUGGAAUGAUCCUCCCGGUAAUUAUGAUAUGAUGAUGCGAUUUCAGCAACAACAGCAACCAAAUCUUGGAGUGUCCGGAAAUGUCGGACGACAAGAUCAAAGUUGGUGGGAUAAUACAGCGUAA